AUGCACCUUCAAGGAGUAGCUCAUGAAAUCAUAUGUAGGUCUUUCCCCACGACGCUGAAGGGUGCGGCAAGAAUUUGGUUCAGCCGCUUGACACCCGGCUCCAUCAGCACUUUCAAAGAGCUAAAUGCUCAAUUUACCGUACACUUCAUCGGGGGACACAGGUAUAAAAGGUCUACGGCUUGCUUGAUGAGCAUCAAGCAGCGAGAGGAUGAGACGCUGAGAUCCUACAUAUCCCACUUCAAUAAGGAAGCACUCUCUAUCGACGAAGCCGAUGACAAGAUACUUGUAGCGGCCUUCACGAAUGGGCUACGGAAAGGAAAGUUUUUGUUCUCCCUAUACAAGAAUGAGCCGAAGACCAUGUUAGAAGUACUUUACAGGGCCACUAAGUACAUGAAUGCUGAAGACGCGCUGCUAGCUCGAGAGGAAAAGCCCAAGAAAAGGGAGAGACAAGAAGACACGUGGCAAGACCAAGGGUGGAAGAAGGCAAGAACAGGAGACCAAAGGGAUGAAAGGUGCUUCAGGCCCCCGGGAGGAAGGUUCAUAACCUUCACCCCGUUAACUACCCCAAUAGACCAAGUCCUAAUGCAAAUAAAGGACGAGGAGGCCCUGACCUACCUCGGAAAGCUGAAGGGAGAUCCUAACAAGCGAUUGAGGGACAAAUAUUGCCAUUUUCACUGUGACCAUGGUCAUGACACGGCCGAUUGUUAUGACUUAAAGCAGCAAAUCGAGGCCCUUAUCAAGCAAGGUAAAUUGCAGAAGUUUGUUAGAAAGGAGAGAGCAGAUCCACCUCCUCAAGAGCAGCCUCGCCAACGGGAUAAUGAGCGCCCUAGGCCCCCCAUAGGAGACAUUAGGAUGAUUAUAGGGGGAACAGCAACUACUGGGUCGUCAAAGAAAGCCCAUAAGACUUACCUCAGGAUGGUCCAAAGCAUCCAGCUGACGGGCAUCGUGCCAAAGAUAGCACGGACAUAA